CCAUUCCUAUGUUUGGCAGUGUUAUUUGAUAUAGUGCUACUGCGGAUACCCCUCUAUAGUUUAUCGUUCUGCCAGCUGUCCGAGUUGUGGGAACGGUCGAUGUGGUAAUUGCCACAUAUCGAAGGUUGAAGUGCAUAUGAAAGCCGGCGUUCCCAAAGCUCCAGUCAAAGCUCCAGUCAAAGCUCUAGCUAUAACUCGAGGCAAAACUAUAGCCGAAGCUUUCGCCGAAGCUCUAGCCAUAACUCGAGGCAAAGCUCUAGCCAACGCUCCCGCUGCGGCUACCCGAAAAGGUAUUCGUCUUAUAUUCGAUUGUCCUGGAUACUCCAAAGAGAUUGUGGCCAUCCCUGAUACUGGAACGUAUGCAAAUCACAUCUCGCUAUCCCUAGCAUAUUCCCUGGGUUUCCGAUCGCAAGGACAAUGCAACACUUUAUUCGAGCUACCAAACGGAAAGUUUAUGCAAGCUCUCGGAAAAUUCGAAGCCAAAGUUCAAUUCAAGGCAGAUCAUCCAGAUAAAGCAGUUGCAAUGCCAUGUUGGUUCUACGUGUUCGCAGAACUAGCGACACCAACUCUCAUGGGUCUCGACUUCUUAAUCGCGACACAGACACUGACCGACAACGAUCACCGCCUCGAGGAAUUACCAAAGCGAGUUUCAGUUGGUCCAUACGAGCGUCCGUAUCUCUUUUGUUCGAUGGGAGAAGCCACCAACCACGUUGUAUGUGUUGCCGAGGGGGAGCUGGCCUAUGCGUAUGCCGACACAGGCUCUGAGAUCGCGCUCAUCAGUGACUCAUACAUGAUGGCUCGCGAUCUGUCGCUUGAGUCAGGAGCCGAGCGCAUUAAAUUUGCAGACGGAUCAAUAGCGCUCACUAUUGGCAUUGUCGAGAUCAUGUUGACGAUUCCAGUACAAAACUCCAAAGGACCUUGCCCGUGGAAGAGAGUUCGCUUUCACGUACUUCCAAACUGCAGACAUGACUUGCUUUUGAGCGAGGAACUGGUCGCCGAGUUCGCCCUCUUCAAAAAGACACCGGUCCACCUCGCCGUCAACAACAGCGGCCUUAUCCAGGGCAUUGCAGCCAUCAUUCAUCUCGGGCCGCUCGAGAAGAGAGUCACAGCCUUAGCCAGCAAAACCAAGAAAUGGGUAGUAUCCAAGACUACCUUAGCGAAAGAUGAUCAAGCCGCGAAAACUGCGGAUAGUGCUGCUUCUAACGACGUGUCCAUUCUGGAGUCGAUAGCCGUACUUGAUCAGCAAGAAAAUCGGAAUCGCAUACGUGCCAGCAAGUCCUGCUACUCAAUCACCCAAGCACGUGCGGAGCUUGGAAGGCAGAUGGGGUACGAGUCGGAUCGAGCAGCCCUUGUAAUUUCCUACUACAACUCAAUUCGAGAUCAGAUCCAGCAACAGCCCACAUCUCAAGCACCCACCUCAAUCACGGAGACAGUAACUUCGUCAUCUGGCACGGACAUUGUGACAGAUCUGUCACCACAGACAGAGUCUUCCAACGUAACCGGUAGCUCUUCCAACUUGCCAGCUUCCGUCGCUACAGUGAGUCCAUGAUGGGAGUAAAGAGGCUUAUCAGGUUGGGGUAGAUUCAAACAACUCUCAGAGCAAGAGCAAAUACUCAUUGAAAGGCUUGACAUAUGUCUUUGUAAUGGUGAACGCUAUGUCUAAGUAGCAUUCAACUGUAUCGCGCAACGACACAUACAUGCAGACAUCGCAUAUCUACACCGCUCAUAUGUCGUACUAAUUCUUAUAACAAAUCAAUCGGUGUGCUUUCCUUCAUGCAAAUAUUGAUGCGUUACAUGGGCUUUAUACUACGGUACAGAAUCUUGUAAGAAACACUAGAGAUUAGUGUUAAUAACCCCGCGUUUUUGUAUUAUUUCACAACAAACAAAGGUUCAAUUAGUUAAAAA